GGAGAAGCGGAAGACCAGAAAACGGUUGGAGUGGAAAGUGACGCUCGGUGCGCAGCCACGUCAUUGUAAAUGGAGUGAAAGUCCGGUGGAAGCAGAAAAGGUAGACACUCCAGGUUUCGGCAAAGCGGUUCAGAUCACUGGGGCGCCACGCAGAACUGGUUCAAACUAUCAGGACGCUCUUACACAUAUCGGGGAAGAUGGACAUCGGGGACUGGUUCAGGAGCGUUCCGUUCAUUACACGCUACUGGUUCGCAGGGUCCAUCCUCAUGCCGCUGAUCGGGAAACUGGGCCUGAUCAGUCCCGCGUACCUCGUACUGUGGCCCGAGGAGUUCUUCCACAAGUUCCAGAUAUGGAGGCCGAUAUCUUCCACGCUGUAUUUCCCAGUCGGCCCGGGAACGGGAUUUCUGUACAUGGUCAAUCUGUACUUCCUGUACCAGUACUCGUCCAGAUUGGAAACAGGAGCCUUUGAUGGAAGACCAGCAGACUACGUGUACAUGCUGCUCUUCAAUUGGAUUUGCAUUGUUAUAACAGGACUGAUGAUGAACAUGCAGCUCCUGAUGAUCCCGUUGAUCAUGUCUGUGCUCUAUGUUUGGGCCCAAAUGAAUCGCGACAUGAUCGUGUCCUUCUGGUUCGGCACAAGAUUCAAGGCCUGCUAUCUCCCCUGGGUCAUUCUGGGAUUCAACUACAUCAUCGGUGGCUCUGCUGUGAACGAGCUGAUUGGAAAUUUAGUAGGCCAUCUUUACUUCUUCCUCAUGUUUAAAUAUCCCGUGGACCUGGGCGGCAGAUCGUUUCUUUCCACGCCGGAGAUCCUUUAUCAGUGGUUCCCGAAUCGACGUGGUGGAGUUUCUGGAUUCGGCGUCCAGCCCACCAGGAGGCGUGCCCCUCAGGAACAAGCAGGAGGAGGUGGUGGUGGAGGACGUCACAACUGGGGACAAGGCUUUCGGCUCGGUGAAGACUGAGGACGCCGUCCUACUGAAGCCUCCAUAGACACUGAUGCUCACCAGGCACAUGAUGCUGCAGAACACAAGUUUGCAUACGUUUGGGCUUCAGUUCAGUUUUUCUAUCUCUCCUUCCGACUACGAAUGAACAGAAGGUGCACAGAGCUCCUCCAACACCACGGCAGCGUGUUGUGUCUACUUUUCGUGAUGGUGUCUAUCUGAGCGUAGCCGGUUUUCUCAGCGUACACGUGCAGCCCUACGGAAAGACGAGCUCGGGCACUGUUUGUGCGAAGGAGAUGAUUUAGAGGACUGAAAUGUGUCUUUCAUCAAAUCUAGCACACUGUGGCGGUGUGUGAUGGCUUCAGAUUCAACUCUUUUGUUUAAUGCUUCAGGUUUCACUGUUCCUGUUAUGUACAGAAUAUGAACUUGUUUUUCUUUAGACUAGGAAAUAUUGAAGAUCUUGCGUUUAUUGCUUUUACUAGUAAAUCGUUUUGUUUAAACCUGUUAAGCGUAACCUUUUGUCCUAACACAUACCUUAGUCAGGACUCGUUUAUAGUUAACAUGUUUAAUGAGGUCCCCUAAAUUACUGAAAUGAAAGAGCGCUUGAACUCGAUCGCCUGUAGGUGUCAGUAUAUCACCAAUCCUGACUCAUGACCUCGAGCAGAAAUUGAAAUAAAACUACAACAUCGUGCCAUAUGAAUAAAUUGUUAUUAUUGAAAGCACUUGGAAAGUUCCACUUAACACAAAUAAAACCUAUUAAACCCUUACAUACUUAUUGCCUUAAACAACUCCCAGGAUUUUUUACAGCCACAUAAAGCUGAAAGUACACACUGAAAUUACGCUGAACCACUGCGUAUUGAUGAUAAAACUAUGACUAUAAUACUGACGUGGUCUGGAAAAUGCAGUUAUCGAAAGGAACAAGGCAAAAAAUAACCAAAAAAAUUACCAAAAAUAAGGCAGUUUUUGAGGGGGAAAAACCCAAAAACAAAUGAUGCUGCAAAUCAACUGUUUGUAGUGUAAAUGAAUGUGAUUGUAAAAAAAAAAAAGCAACAAACAAACAGGAAGUGAAAUAAAACAUUACUGAAGUUUA